AUACAGAAUUAAAAACGCAUGACGGUGAUAAAGAAGUUCAGCUUACGACCAACUUUAAAACUUGUUGCUUCGGAAUGAUUUGCGCAGCGGCAAACAACAACAUAUCUACAGCACGAUAUUACGAGAACACCACCAUGAUGUCUGCAGAAGAAUAUUUCAACCAAAAUGAUUUAACAAAAAAUAAACUUGAAAACAUGUACAACAUAAAUAAUAAUAAUACGAUUAUGUCAAACGAGUCAACGUUAAACCAAAUGACAGAUAAAAUGGCUUUACUUAGUAAUGAAAUCGACUACACGAAAAUCAACGGCCAAUCUGCUAAUCCUAGUAUUGACGAGCAAAGAGCGUUGCAGUUAGCUUUGGAGUUAUCUAUGUUGGGUUUGACGAAUGAAGACGAAUUAAAUUACAAUGAUUUAAGAGUAAAAAAAAGUAUGAAUAUGACGGAAUGUGUUCCUGUGCCUAGCUCAGAGCAUGUUGCUGAAAUUGUUGGGAGACAAGGGUGCAAGAUAAAAGCCCUCCGCGCGAAAACCAACACUUAUAUUAAGACACCAGUCCGUGGAGAGGAGCCUGUUUUCGUGGUGACUGGACGAAAAGAAGACGUCGCUUUAGCCAAACGAGAAAUCUUACAGGCAGCUGAGCACUUCAGUCAAAUUAGAGCUUCACGACGAAACAGCUCAUCGUUAUCACCCCUUGGAUCUCCCUCUCCAACAGCUCCAGGCCACAUUACGAAACAAGUUCGGGUACCCUACAGGGUUGUAGGUUUAGUUGUCGGACCGAAGGGUUCUACAAUUAAACGCAUCCAGCAAGCUACGAACACCUACAUCGUGACUCCAUCGCGCGACAAGGAGCCUGUUUUUGAAGUGACUGGUUUGCCAGAAAAUGUUGACCGCGCUAAACGCGAGGUAGAACAACAUAUCGCCCUGCGCACUGGAGGUAUCAUUGAUCCUACACAUCCCGAAAGUGAUCACAUACUAAAUGGUUUUACAUCGAGUCUUUUUUCACCUGGCUCAUCGAGCGGAGGAAGUUUUUCAGCUUUGCUUGACCACGGCAGCCAACAAAACACACUCAAUCAACGUUCCCAUUCGAUGGAUUCGUUUUAUCUGAGUGGCCAGUCUAGCGUUUCAUCAAAAUAUUCCGACUUAAGUUCAACAACAAGUCCCUUCACAAACAACUCCAAUGCGUUUUUCUAUGACACGGUCAUACCGUCACCCACAACUGACAUAGAAAAUGGAAUGUCUCAAUUCGACCCUGCACCUGGUUCGCCUGCUCCAAGCUUGUGGCCCGACAUGCUUCAAAGAAGCGCAUCAAUGAGUCGUGCUGUUGGAUCACAAAACCAACCGUCUCGUUCGCUUAGCGUCAACACAUACUCCUCAAGUGACAACUCCGGUCGAUCAAGCCCAGCCCAGUUGCGAAGAUUACUCAGCGAGUCAAACAUCGAAGGGAUGACUUCAACAUAUUCGCAUUUCAACGGGACGACCGUUACCAACACUGUGCAGUCACAGUUGGCUCCGGAGACAACAUCAAUCGUGGACAUGUGUAAAGUCACGACUAGUGAUGGUGAAUCACAAAGCUCCAGUCCAGAUUGGCUUGCAAACAAAAACAAUAUGAUCAAUAUGGCCGUUUCAAAAAAGCAAUGUUGCGUUUGCCAAAGUAAUAAAGUUGUCGCUGCUUUGGUUCCUUGUGGUCACAACUUGUUUUGCAUGGAGUGUGCCGAGCAAGUGAAAGAAGCCGAAGGUGAAUGUCCUGCUUGUCAGAAAAAAGUUGAAGCCGUUUUGCGUAUCUUUUCGUAGAUAAAAACGCAGGUUGGUAAAAAUUAUUUUUGUCGAAAAAACAGAUGAGGCCUUUUUAAGAGAAAUGUUAUUUUGGUAGUAUUCAAUAUAAUUUAUCGUAUAAAAUCUUUUAAAUAAUUAUACCACUAAAAAUAUCGAAAAAUAAAUUUUUUUCUACACGUUUUUAGAAGGUGUGCAUGUGAUACCACGUGAUCUUGAAAGCCACUUGAAAGCGGCUGAAGAUUAGAGCGGGUUAUAUUUCUUUUGAAGACAGCUGUUUAUGUUUCUCAAACAUGUCGAGUAUGUGUUUUUUAAAAUACAGAAGCUGAAAAAACGUGGUACCGGAAUAUUUUACCAGUAUUUGUAGUGAAAUCCAAUGAUGUAGUUGCUCUUCUUUGUAUAAAAUAAACGCACAUCAUCUCAUGCAUACUUUCUGCUUAAGAUUAGACUUUACGGAAAAAAGAUUUUUUACAAAAUGUUUUUGGGUUAAAAUAUUUUAUAUGCCUUAUUUGUUAAUUAAGAACACGGGUUUGUCUCGAUUUUUUUCCAUAAGAGGCUUUCCAACAAUCUUAUCAUCAGAGGCUAAUCCCCUCAUGGAAAAUAUUAUUUCGUUAAGUCAGUCACAUUGUAAAUAAAGAAAAGAAUUCUUUCCCUGAUUAGGAGAAAACACGACCUAUUUUGAACUAUUUAACAAAGUAAUCAAUGGUUUUUAUGACACUUCAACGAGAUUUUCUGAUUGUGACUAGCCUGGACACAUAGUAUCAUUAUCUUUUCAUGUUUAUUUUUUCCUCAAAGUAUAGCCUUAUUCAUAAUAUAUAGUAUAAAAAAAAUAGUUUCGUGAACAUAAGGAUAUAUAUUGGAAUAGGUUUAUUUUUGUAUAAUAUUUCAGACAGAGCUUCAAACGGAACUUAUUAAGAUGACAAAAUGCAUAAUUUGGAAUAAUUUUUUAUAAAAUUCUUUAUUUCAAGCGAACAGUAAUUGGUUAUAUUAUUUUUUUGCUCGCUUAAUCCAGUUUUUAACAAAUUGUUGUACAUAUCACGAAAUAAAGCCUAUAAAACACCUCUGCAAAAUAUUUCUGCAUACGUUAGGAACUUCAAUUACUUUAAAAACACUCAUUUUAAAUUUCCUAAUGAAAAUGCCUCUUUAAUCAUGCACCAUAUUUUUUUCCUUUGUUUUGUAUAAAAUAAUUUUAUCCUAGAAUUUUUUUGUCUGCACAUUGAUAAAAUAAUAAAUUUGUUAUAUAAAUUAUCUACCGUUUACUAAGCUGAUAUAUUUAUAGUAGAGAGUAUGUUUAAAUGUUAGUAUUAAUAGAAGCGAAACUUUGUUUUAGGAAGUUCGACCAUAACUUUAGGAAAUCUGAAAGUCUGAACUCAUCUAAAGCUUCGUACUUUUCUUUCAUCCUGAAAGUGAAAUAAUUGACAGCAAAAAGUGGAAUGUAAUUUUUCCAGAAUUUCUUGUUUCGUAAUUUUGAAAAUAUUCUUGCCUCUGUUGUUCAGUUUUUCUGAUUAUUAAUUGAGCCACUUUUGUACAGGAUAACUGUGAUAAUAGAUUUCUUUGAUUGUUCAGGUGCAAGCGAACAAAACAAAUCACAAAACAUUACUUCGUAACCGAUUACUCAUAUUUCGGCAUAUUCUUUGCAAAAACCCAAAGCAAUUUGAUUUGGGUCUCCCUGUGCACGUGACGUCAACAUCCAUUCAUUACUUUAAUUAGCAGAGCAAUUUGUGAUUAGGAGAUGAUUAAAAUGUCGUUAAGAUUGGAAUGUUGAUUUCAUUAUUCCGUUUUUUGCUUUUGUUGAUUUAAAUGUUGUGGUUAACAGAGACGUGUUGUUGACAAAUUUUGUCUCGUUUUUUGUCUCAGAAGUAAUAUUUCAAAAAAAAAAGAAAAAUGCUUCGAGAAAGAGGCUACCAUUAAUUGAUUUGUUUUGUUGUUAAAGAAGUCUUAGCAACUAUUCACCAUACAACUUUAAAUUUUUAUUGAUAUUAAGGGUAGCUGUCAUUCUCUAUUUAUACAAUAUUCGAUUUGAUUUGAAAUUGAAUACGUCAGCGUUUAUUCUGAUAAUAGUGGCUUGAUUAUUAUUCAGGUUUGAACGACAAUUCUCCGAUAGCAAUAUUUUUGCAUCUUUCAAUAUAGAUCUUUUAUUUUAGUAUGAUAGCUAUUCUGUGUGUGGACAGAAUUUGUUUAUGUCUAUUUUCUGAUUUUAAAAAAAAAUAAGAAGUCGGUGUUAUUUUACUAAUUUUAUCUAUAUAUAUAAAUACAUUAUUACGAAAAAAAACUUUUGCCUUUAUUACCUGUAAUUAUAUAGAAGUUAACAAUAUAUAUUCUAGGGUAUGAGAGUGGGUUUGUAUAAGCGAGGCAUUUUUUAUUAUAAG